UCGUCGUAUUACUUAUUAUUAUUACUAUUUGAUUGAUAUGACAAAUCUUUAUUUUUUUUCCCAAUAAAACAUCCGUGAUUUUUAUCGGGGGCAUAUAUUAUUAUGCUCGACAUAUGUUCUUAGUAUUUUUUUCUCUGUCCACAAUUGACCAAAUUGUGUCAUUCUUUCAUUUGAAUCGUUUACAAUUAUGUAUUGGAAAUUAUUAUUAUUAGUAUUGGCCAUAUUAAUAUUGGGAUUCUUGCAUGAAAAUGUAGAAUCAUCGUCAUCGUUAUCAAAAAAAUAUGAACAUCUUCAUAAGAUUGAACCAAUGGUGAAUGAUACAUUGCAGCAAAAAACAGUAAAUGAUUUAAUUAGAAGAUUAUUACCGAAUCAUUUUAAAUGGUUUGAUUUGAUUGUUGAUCGUCAUAUGAUCGAUGAUGAUGAUGAUGAUGAUAAUCAUUUAGAUCGAUUUAUAAUUGAAACCACUUUAAAUCGAAUGAUUCGAAUUAAAGGAACAACAGGUGUUGCCGUUGCUAAUGGCAUUUAUUAUUAUUUAAAAAAUAUUGCCAAUUGUUCAUUUUCAUGGUCUGGUGAUCAAAUGAAUUAUUUUCUUGUCAAUGAUAAUGUUCCAAUUCCAUCAGAAUCAAUAACAAUAAUUAUAAGAGAUAAAUUCCGUUAUUAUCAAAAUACAUGUACGGCAUCAUAUUCAAAUGUUUGGUGGCAAUGGUCAAGAUGGCAAAGAGAAAUCGAUUGGAUGGCAUUACAUGGUAUUAAUCUUCCUUUGGCAUUCAAUGGCCAAGAAAUUGUUUAUCGUCGUACAUUUCAACGUUUUAAUAUGAGUACCAAAGAAAUUGAUGAUUAUUUUACUGGACCUGCAUUUCUUGCCUGGAAUCGUAUGGGUAAUAUUCAAACAUGGUCUGGACCAUUAUCCGAACAUUGGCAUCAAUAUCAACAUCAGUUACAAUUACAAAUACUUAAACGAAUGAGAAAUUUCGGUAUGUAUCCAGUGGUGCCUGGAUUUGCUGGACAUGUUUCUCGACAUUUAAAAUCUCAUUUAAAAACUUUUGCCAAUAUAAGUCGUCUAACUGAUUGGAAUCAGUUUGGCCAUCAAUUUAGUUAUACCUAUUUUCUUGAACCAGAAGAUCCAAAUUUUAUUAAAGUUGGAAAAGUUUUCGUUGAAGAGUACAUCAAACUGUAUGGUACGGAUCAUUUUUAUAACAUUGAUCUAUUCAAUGAAGAGACACCAGGUUCUAAUGAUCCAGCUUAUCUUCGUAAAUGUAGUAAAAAUGUUUACGAAAGUAUUUCGGCCGCAGAUCCACAAGCAAUCUGGAUAAUGCAAGGAUGGCUAUUUUUAUUUGAAUCAAGUUUUUGGAAACAAAAACAAGUUGAAGCAUUCGUUACAUCGGUUCCAAGUGGACGGAUGAUCAUUUUGGAUCUAUUCUCUGAGAUUAUUCCCGUUUAUCAAACAUUCAAUGGUUAUUAUGAUCAACCAUUCAUAUGGUGUAUGUUACAUAAUUUUGGUGGAACGCAUGGCAUGUAUGGUGCAUUGAAUCGUAUCAAUGAUGAAUUGUAUCGUGUUCGAAAUUCAUACAAAAAUUUUCUUGGCAUCGGUUUGACUAUGGAAGGAAUCGAACAAAAUGAUAUUGUCUAUGAUUAUAUGACUGAAACUAGUUGGUAUGAUCGUGCACCAGAUAUGAUUGAAUGGUUUAGCCAUUAUGUACGAAGACGUUAUGGUUUUAUGGAUAAAUUCCUUGAAACAGAACUUUUAGAUCAAGCAUGGCAAUUAUUAAGAAUAUCUGUUUAUACUGAUCCUAUUGGUAUUCGAAAUCAUGGACGUUAUGUCAUAACAAUGGUACCAAAACCUGGAUUACAUUCACAACUAUCAUAUAAUCCUCUUAAUCUAACUGAAGCAGUAAAAUUGAUGGUGAAAUUUGUUAAUCUGAAUAGUAAAUCUGAAACCACUCGUGAACAAUUACUAUCAUCGGAAACAUUUGUUUAUGAUCUAGUCGAUAUGAAUAGACAGGCAUUACAGCUUAUAUUCGAUUACCAUUACAAACAAUUAGAUGUUGCUUGGAUUGAACAAAAUGAAUCAAAAUUAAUGAUGGCCAUGGAAAAAAUGAAAAAUAUACUUGAAUUAAUGGAACAAAUAUUACAAUCUAGUCAACAUUGGUUGCUCUAUAAUUGGAUUAAUAAUGCCCGUUCAAUUGCUAAUAAUAGUAAGGAACGUGAUUACAAUGAAUGGCAAGCUCGAAAUCAGAUUACAUCUUGGGGACCAAAUGAUAAUAUUGUUGAUUAUGCAGCAAAACAAUGGUCAGGAAUGUUUCAAUAUUAUUACACGCCACGUUGGUUAUUCUAUUUUAAUUAUCUACAAACAAUGAUGGCCAAAAAUCAAACAAAUUUUGAUCCAAAACAAUUUCAAUAUGAAUUAUUACGACAAAUUGAAUUACCAUUCACUAAAGCUACAGGACAAAAUUUAAUACAAAAAGCUAAUGUUUCGAAUUUGAUUGCCAACGUUAAUCUUGUGGUUAAAGAGAUUGAACAAUCAAUCGAUCAUGACGAUGAUAUGAUUGAAAUUAAUGUACCGAUUCCAUAUGAAUAUUAUGAUAUUUUAUCCAAAUAUCCAUUUGUUCGUUAUUAUCGUGCCGAUGUUGAUCAGGUUUUCAUUGAUGAUGAAUGAUAAUUUUAAAUCUUUUGAACUAGGAUAACCAAAAAAAAAAAAAAAUUUUUUUUUUGAUAAUUUUAAAAAGGUCAUAUAUCUAAUAAAAUUGAAGGUAAUAGGAUCGUUUUUAUUAAAUGAUUUCUUUACACGCUAGAUGGUGACCACGGUCAUCAUUUGGUGGUCAAUCGUGUGUUCUCUUUUAUUUUUAGAUUGAGGUUUGCUCGCUGUAUAACGACGUUCAAAGGGGGGGUAUGUGACUUGUUUAUUUUUCUUCAAAAUUUCGAUUUUUUUUUUGAUUGCAUAUCCAAGAUAUGUUUUUUUCCAUCAUGAGAGAGAGAGAGAAAGAAAGAUGGGCAAAAGAGGGAUAUGUAUGUGGUCUGGCUAGUUUGAACUAGCUGUUGUUGGUUUUUUUUUUUGCUGAUCAAUCGAUCGAAAAAAUUAUUUACCAACUUUGAAUCGUUUUCAAUUUUUAUUAAUAACGAGAAAAAAACCCAAAACGAUAAUGAUUAUGAGAACUGCCGGUAAUCGAAUCAUCAAGAUAUUUAUUAUUGAAUGUCAAUAACAACAAAU